GUCAAGCGGAGUGGGAGGGGUCUGUCUCUUUCCAAGAUGGCGGUGACCAUAGACAACAGCAAUGCUGUCCAGGCGACAAAGAGAAAACAUCUGGGGAUUCCUGAAGCGGUGUUUGUGGAAGAUGUUGACUCUUUUAUGAAGCAGCCAGGCAAUGAGACGUUAGACACGGCACUGAGGAAGCUGGAUGAGCAGUACCAGAAGUACAAGUACAUGGAAGUCAACCUGUGUCAGAAAAAACUCAGGUUGAAAAACCAGAUCCCACAAAUCAAACAGACGCUAGAAAUUCUACGACAUAUGCAGAAGAAAAAGGACACCACAGAGCCCAUGGAAACACACUUCUUAUUGGCUGACAAUGUUUACUGUAAGGCCUCGGUGCCACCCACUGACAAAGUCUGCCUGUGGUUAGGGGCGAACGUCAUGCUAGAGUAUGACAUUGAUGAAGCCCAGGUGCUGCUUGAGAAGAACCUGUCCACAGCUUCCCGGAACCUAGAGACACUUGAGGAGGAUCUGGAUUUCCUGCGAGACCAGUUCACCACAACAGAAGUCAACAUGGCACGGGUCUAUAACUGGGACGUGAAGCGACGGACCAGAGACAACCUCCUCAAAUCAGUGGACCAGUCUUAACAUUGGCAGGACAGUGUCCACACCCCCAUUUCUCCUUAAUCAGUUAAAUGCCCCCCAAACUCCCCCGUACUUCCAGCUCGGAGCCCGUUUGAGUGAACGCAUGCUUAUAAGUGUUAGCUUGAUUGAAAUCAGAGACGCUGUUUUGAAGACGUGCAGGAGCCAUGCAUCACGAAAUCACACGCACCUCCGAAUAAAUCCACUUCUCCACCUCGGACGACCUCUGCCGUGAUUUCCCUUGUUUUGCUUCUUUUUAAAAAUAUGUUUUUCAAGUUAAAAAAAAAAAGAAGAAGAAAAAGAGAGUUUCAAGUUGGUUCUGGUUAUUUUUGACACAUUGGUAAUUUUCUGUAUUUUCACAAUUUAUUUUCCUGAUCACAUGUUCCAUGGAGGAACAUUUACUGAUUUCCUCCUCGUUUGCCGAAGUAGCACCGGAUUUUUAAGCAGAUGAACCAUCUGUGAGUUUUGUGCCCUGUCACUCCUCUUCCCCACCUCUAAUUCCAUUUUCUCCUCUUUUUUGCUGUUCUAUUUAUAUGACUCCUCUCUGUGUCCUCAGUCAGCGAAGUAAAAGGUCAACUUUUGGGCAAAAUUAUCUGAUCU